GACCUUCGGCAUCGCUGCCUUUUGAGGGGGCUUAUUUAAACUACUGAGUCAUUCCAGAUUUAGGAUUCCCUAAAUAAUCACCAACUGUGCCCGUCUUGUGCCAGAAAGAAAGAGGAAAGAGAAAGAGCACCUGCUCUCGGGACCCCGCGUAUCCGCGGCGCUCGCCUCUCGCGGGUUUCUCCCGGAGGGGUGCCUGGCCCUCGAGGAUCUCCCUCCCUCCCUUCCUUCCUCUUUCCCCGUCCCUCCUUCCCUCCCCCCUCCCUCGCCUCCCGCGCCUCCCGCUCUCCUUGCAGCGCUGCUGGCGGGGAGUCGCGCUCGCCGCAGCUGGAAACAGCUGCCCCCGCCUGGCGCCCCUACCCCGACUCCGGCUAAUCGCUCCCACUUCGCGCCUCUCGGAAUUCCAGAACUCGGGCGGCGGGCCCCGGGAGAACCGCAGCCGGUGCGAUGCAUUCCGUAGACCUCACCCAGCCGGGACGGACCUCCUAAUCUCCAGAACUGCGGGCCGCAGGGAGUUAAAUUGCUGCCUUCCUCUCCUCUCUUGCGGUUGGUGGCUUGUUUUCUAAAGGAACGUUUUAUUCACUUUUUAGUAUUUUCUACCGGGGGCACGCUACCCGCCUCGGUCCAGACUGCUUUGUAAACGGGUUUUAUAUGUAUGUAUGUGUAGAUAUACUUUGGACACCUUACAACGCUUGCGCCUCUCCAACAGAGGCACGGCUUGUUGUUUUGGACAUCCUUCUUCCCUUUCCACUUGGUACUCCGAACGCAGUGUGACCAAACUCCCCACUGCCCCUUGGACGCGGAUCGCCGUGGGGUGCAAGUUUGGGGUGCAAGAGUCUAGUUAACAGGAAGGCCUGGGACGGCCCCGCCCCCGCCGCCAGCGGUUGGGGAAGUUUACAUCUGGAUUUUCACACAUUUUGUCGCCACUGCCCAGACUCUGACUAAACGUUGUGGGCACCGGGUUUUCGGUACUGCGGCCUUCUCAAAUAUUAGCACUGCCUCCCCGCGCCUGCCCUGUCCCUCCAGGCCGCCGAGGUCCUGCCCUCGCCCCGGCGGAGCGUGAUCCCGAGGGCGCAGUGGAACCCGGGGCCUGGGGCCCGCGCUGAGCAGCUAUGGCUGCAGCGAUAGCCAGCUCCUUGAUCCGGCAGAAGCGACAGGCGAGGGAGUCCAACAGCGACCGGGUGUCGGCCUCCAAGCGCCGUUCCAGCCCCAGCAAAGACGGGCGCUCCCUGUGCGAGAGGCACGUCCUCGGGGUAUUCAGCAAAGUGCGCUUCUGCAGCGGCCGCAAGAGGCCAGUGAGGCGGAGACCAGAACCCCAGCUGAAAGGAAUUGUGACAAGGUUAUUCAGCCAGCAGGGAUAUUUCCUGCAGAUGCACCCAGAUGGUACCAUUGACGGGACCAAGGACGAAAACAGUGACUACACCCUCUUCAAUCUAAUCCCUGUGGGCCUGCGUGUGGUGGCCAUCCAAGGGGUGAAGGCCAGCCUCUAUGUGGCCAUGAAUGGUGAAGGCUAUCUCUACAGCUCAGAUGUUUUCACUCCAGAAUGCAAAUUUAAGGAAUCUGUGUUUGAAAACUACUAUGUGAUCUAUUCUUCCACACUGUACCGUCAGCAAGAAUCAGGCCGAGCAUGGUUUCUGGGACUCAAUAAGGAAGGUCAAAUUAUGAAGGGGAACAGAGUGAAGAAAACCAAGCCCUCAUCACAUUUUGUACCAAAACCUAUUGAAGUGUGUAUGUACAGAGAGCCAUCGCUACAUGAGAUUGGAGAAAAACAGGGGCGUUCGAGGAAAAGUUCCGGAACACCAACCAUGAAUGGAGGCAAAGUUGUGAAUCAAGAUUCAACAUAGCUGAGAACUCUCCCCUUCAUCCCUCUCUCAUCCCUUCCUUUUCUCCUCUUGCCCUUUACCCAUUUCCUUCCAAUAAGUCCACCCAAGGAGAGGAAAAUAAAAUGGCAACCCAAGACCCAGUGGCUAAGAUUCUGCACUCAAAAUCUUCCUUUGUGUAGGAUAAGAAAAUCAAACCAAAGCUUGUCUGUUGCAAUGUGGUAGAAAAAUGCACAUGCACAAAGAUUAGCACACCUAAAAGCAGAGGAAAAAAUAAAUCAAGACUCCACAAGCAUUCAAAUAAACUGUGUUGUUAUUAAUAGAGGGCUAAUUGUAAUGAAGACAUAACUAUCAUAAAGAUGAAAUAAAAUUAUUACCUUAAAGAAAAGGGUUUUGGAAAAUUGAACUUACAAAUCAAUGUAAUACCCUAAAUACCUUAAACUCUGGAUAAUUCUCUGGUGUGUGUUUUGUUUUGAAUUUAUAUUUUCUUUGGACAUCUGGAAUUGACACAUUAUUACAUUCUGUUUCCAGGAUUUUUUUUUACCAUGAUAUUGAACAUGUAUGAAUUAUAGAUUCUUCUAUUGCCUAUAAGGUAUAUAGCCAGAAAUCAUUUAACAUCAAGAAAAGUUUAAAAUUUUAUUCUUGAAAUCGAUAUUUAAGAUUGUUUCAUGCAAAGGUUAGCCUUAUGUUGAACUUAAUGCUAUUAGCUGAUUUCAUUCCUUCCUAAAAAGAGUUUCAGAUUCUACUAGGACAAUAUCAUAUUUUUUUCAAAGGUAUUAAUUCAGGGGCUCAUUUUUUUUCUUUAGCCAUUUAGAAAAAAUUUCAUGUUUUAAGGCUGAUGCAACUUUUAGGAAUUCUUUGUCAUUGCCAUGCCCAGGCAGUGAUAAAUAAGUUAUGUGCUCAUACCAUUUUGGUCUGAAUUUUUACUUUGUGGACACCUUUGAGGGUAUAGGUGCAUGUCUAGCUGUCUUAGAGAGUUUUAUACCAUCUCUUGCAGCAGGAAAGAAGGAAGAGGGGUUUUACAUAAGGAAAUAAAUCCUAAGAAAUUGGUGAAAGCAAAUUGUAUUUGUCUUUGUACCUUACCAGAGUUUUCUGUAUGUAGCAUUUUCCAAACUUCACCAAGGAAUUGGGAGGCAUGGCUGUGAAAUUCCUAACUUACUAUCUUAUGAAGCCAGUGAAUCGUUUGUUACUAUAUAUCCUCAUUUAUAAAUCUAGUUGAAAAUCAGUCUGUCUCCUAGAACAUAGAAGGAAACUUAUGCUGAAUUUUCAAGGGACAUAGAGAAAUAAUACGGAAUUAACAGCCAUGGCUCCAACAGACAGGGUUGUGUGAGCGGCUUAAAGUAGUCCCCCCCCCCCCAAAAAAAACAACACCUCGGUGUAAGACUAGGCUAA